GCUCUUGACCCAAGCGGCGACAGCCAAUGGGUGGCUGCCUGGUGGCUCUGUCGCCCAGGGCUUGACGCCGGCUCAGUGAAGGGCGAGCGAUGGUGGGCUCUGUCGUGCUGAUCGCGCCCUUUCUCUGCUUGAUCGCCGCUCCUGCCUCCAGCCAGAAAGCGGAGCGGCCGCGCCGUAGGUUCGAAUAUAAGUACAGCUUCAAAGGACCGCAUUUAGUGUUCGGGCACGGUUCGAUUCCCUUCUGGACGCACCAUGGCAAUGCCCUUCCAAGUUUAGACCAAGUCCGAAUUGUGCCUUCGAUACGAAGCCAAAGUGGAUCUGUUUGGACCAAAAAUAGGGUAGCUUUUGAAAACUGGGAAGUGGAGGUUGCUUUUCGGAUCGUUGGCAGAAAUCGAUUUGGCGCUGAUGGGCUGGCCUUUUGGUACACCAGCGAGAAAGGGCCAACUGGACCCGUCUUUGGAGCGGCUGACCACUGGCACGGCGUGGGCGUUUUCUUUGAUACUUUUGACAACGACAACCGUAAAAACAAUCCAAUUGUACUCGUGGUGGGAAACGAUGGGAAGCUCACAUAUGAUCACUUGAAUGAUGGUGCCGGGCAGGCUUUGGGUACGUGUUUGCGGGAUUAUCGCAACAGUUAUCACGCUGUCCGAGCCAGGAUACGCUAUUACCGGAAGACGCUGCAGGUUUAUCUCAAUUUGGGGAGAACUGAUAUCUCUGAGAACUACGAGUUAUGUACUGAAGUCACGGACAUGCACCUGCCUCUGAAUGGGCACUUUGGUGUAUCUGCAGCCACAGGGGCAGUUGCUGAUGACCACGAUGUACUGUCAUUUGUCACGUUCAGCUUGAGCAAUCCUGCGACACCGAAUGCGUCCACUCAGGCCCAGAAGGAGCAAGAGGAAGAUGAGUACCAGAAGGAGUACGAGCGCUUUGAGAAGGACUUGGAGAAGCGCAAGGAUGAGUUCUGGAAGCAGCACCCCGAGCUGCACACUCCAGAUGAAGAAGCCUUUGAGACGCAGAGCCAGCGGGAGAUGCAAAUGGUUAUCAGUGGGCAGUCCAUAGUUCGGGAUGAGCUGACAAAACUUAAGGAAAGGUUGGCGGACGCAUUUGACGAGCAUAAGCGACAUACAGAGAACUUCAGUAAACUUUCAGUAAAGGAUCGACAUACAAGCACUACAGACAGAGAAAGCGGACGUCAGGACGCUGUUAAUUCAGAAAGCUUGAUGAACGUGCUAAAUGGUCAGAGGAACGUGAUUCAGCAGGUGCAAGAAAUUGGGACAAACAUAGAAAAUAUUCUCUCAAAGGUGAGACUAAGCCAGAAGUCCUUAAACAUCAUGGUUGCAGACCAGGGCCAUUUUUGGGAGAUUAAAGAGCACAUCGAUGUUGUCAAGAAGGAUAUUAACAGUCUAAUAAACACAAAGGCUCAACGCAUCAGCUGUCCAAAGGCACCUCCUGUCCCUUCCUGCCUCUCAAUAUGGCACUUCGUGCUAUUCAUCGUCCUCCAGUCCGUGUUCUUUCUCUACUACCUAAUACACAGCCCGUAGAAUGAUUGCAUUUCUUACUUUAAUGGCGAAAAGAUGUAUCUUACAACAUUGGAAAGAGCUUAAUGCUCCAACUACCUUUUUUUGGUUUUCUCAGACGAUAUUAUGCUUGAAUUUGGAGAAAAUUAGAAGCAAUCUUCAUGAUUCCUCACUUAAAUUUGAACAGACCUGGAGAUCUUUUAUUCAAUAUUUUCAUUUAAUGUAAAUUUUUUUUCUCCUUUUUUUUGCUCCAUAUUUAUAUACCCUUCUUGUCUUUUUUACUGUUUUUAAUGGAGGUCGGGAUUGAGGACGUGAUUUUAAGUUUUUUAACUCUGCUUGGUUCCAAGUUAGCCCAUUGCUUUGCUUUGCUUUUAAUUAGUUGCACGGUGGUUUUUUUGGGGGUUUUUUUUCCUUUUCUCUAUUGAUAUAUAUAUAUAAAAAUUAGUAUACUAUUAUGUUACCUUAGUAUGUUAUGUUUAAAUUACAUUGUUUGUAUCUUUUUUUU